AUGGAAGAGCAGCUCGCAACCGUCACAAGGAUCAGCAAGGACAUCCACAUGCAAUUUGGAACAGAUAAGUGCGCUAAUGCAGAAGAGGAAAGCUGCACGCAAAGGUAUAGAAGAGGGGGCAAUGAUCGACCAUCAAACAUAAAAGAGCAGCUGAAAUGCGAAUACAAGAAGAGGGUGAGGCUGAUCCUGAGAACCGAACUGAACGGAAGGAAUAAAAUGAAGGCUCUAGGACAGCUCGCACUCCCGAUACUGCAGUACUGCGUCGACGUAGUCGAAUGGAAACUGGACGAGAUAAAAGCACUAGACCGAGCAACUAGAAAACUGCUCACAAUGCAUGGAAUGUAUCACACACGUGCUGACACGGAGAGGCUGUAUGCGUCAUCAUCCUGUGGAACCAAGAGAUCAGACAUAGUAAUUAAAGACAUCAAAAAUGGCAUCUGUACCAUCAUCGACGUAGCCGUCCCCAGUGACUACAAUCUGUGGGAAAAAGAAUCUGAGAAGAUUCUUAAGUACAGGGACAACAGAAUGUGGCAUAUGAAAACACAGAUCGUACCUGUAGUGAUAGGAGCAACUGGCGCAACGUCCACCAAUCUAUUGGAACAUCGGGAGGGAGAAAAUAUCGAAAAAUAUCAACAUGCAGCUGCUGCAAACAGCAGCAAGAUAUGGUACCGCACAUAUCAUAAGAAAAGUCUUAGGCUGACGCUCGAUCCUAAGGAUAUGGUACAUUCCCGGUCAGAGAAGAAAAGCACAACGACCAGCUACCUACAUUUAAAGCUGAGAAAUAAAGAGAUAAUAAUAAUAGCUUUAUAG